UUUAUAAUUUUUUAAUUUUUACAAUAGGUUGCUAUCAAAGUAAUUCAAAGAAGAAAGGUGAUUGACUGGGCUCAACUGAAUGGUGUUCCUGUAACGCUGGAGAUUGUUAUGUUGAAGAAAGUUGUUGGCAUUCCAGGCGUUGUUCGCAUGUUGGAUUGGUUCCUUACAAACAAUUGCUUUAUCAUUGUCAUGGAACGUCCGGACCCAGUUAUGGAUCUCUUCGACUACAUCACUUCUAAAGGACCAUUGAACGAGGAUGUUAGCCGUCGUUUUUUCACUCAAAUCGUACAUACUGUGAUGAACAUUCACGAGGCUGGCGUUGUGCAUCGCGACAUCAAGGACGAGAACAUUUUGGUCGAUUUGAAGACUGGAAUGCUUAAGCUUAUCGAUUUUGGAUCUGGUGCUCUCCUUAAGGAUUCUGUCUACAUGGACUUUGAUGGUACACGAGUGUACAGUCCACCAGAAUGGAUUCAGAGCCAUAGCUACUACGGACGCACAGCCACCGUCUGGUCUCUUGGUAUCUUACUCUUUGACAUGGUAUGUGGUGAUAUUCCAUUUGAACGUGAUGACCAAAUCGUGAAAGCUGAACUUCAAUUUAAAGAUAAUUUAUCCAAAGAUGUUAAAGAUUUGAUUCGCAAAUGUUUGUCUGUCCGUCCGUCUGAUAGACCCAGCCUGAAAGAUAUUCUAAAUCACAAAUGGAUGAAAGAUAUCUCCGCACCAAUUGAUUUUAAGCAGAUGAAUCUUGAUCAUCCCCCAUCAAUAGCUGCUGCAGCUAGCUGUAUGGCAGAGGCCCGGAAUAUAUGAAUGAUUCAAACCACAUUAGGAUUUUUUUAAAAGCAAGAAAACAUGAACUUUUUAAUUAUUUAAAAGAAAAAAAUCAAAGCCACGUCCGAGUGUGCAGUGGUGUCGUUCAUUCUGUUCAAAAUGAGUUCAUUGUGUACAUAAAUAUGAGCUGUCCAGUGGAAUAGCUCCCGGUUUGGGUUGGCCCUGACCUCUAACAACGCAGCAACAUGGGCAGUGAUGAUAAUCGUAAUCCAGGCCAGAUUUGCUUGCCAAAAGUGAAACACAUACUGGCCCUUGGAGAUGGGGCUCUCCAAGGCUAUCAGUGAAAGAAAUUAUGAAACCCAUUAGGUUGAAUUCAACCAGUACUUUUUUUUAUGAAAAUGUAUUUAAGACUAAAAGCGAAGCUUUUUUUUUUUUUUUUUU